AUGGCGCAGACGCCGAACCCUGCCCGGAGGUCGUGGGUGGGGCCGGCGCCGCUCCCCUUCCUGACGCCGCGGCCGGAGCGGCGGCAGCUGGAGCUGCGGUGGGCGGACGGGGGCUCGCAGAGCUCUGUGCGCCGCAGCGGAGUCGGGUUAACCGGAGGAGGCGGUGGCGGGAGCGGGAGCGGGAGCGAGAAGGACCGCGAGGCGAACGUGCAGGUUGUGCUCCGGUGCAGGCCACUAAGCGAGGAGGAGCGGAAAGCGAAUGUGCAGAGUGCCAUCUCUUGCAAUGACUUGAAGAAGGAGGUCACUGUGAUGCACAGCCUAUUCAAGCAAGCAGACAAGACGUUCUCCUUUGAUAAGGUUUUUGGACCAAAAGCUCAGCAAAGGGCAAUAUAUGAUCAUGCUGUUGCACCGAUAGUUAACGAUGUCCUUGAGGGCUACAAUUGUACUGUAUUUGCCUUUGGGCAAACUGGAACUGGGAAAACAUAUACGAUGGAGGGAGAGAUGAAGCAGAAGGCUGGUGAACUGCCAGCCACUGCUGGUGUCAUCCCAAGAGCAGUGCGCCAUAUCUUUGAUAUUUUGGAAGCACGAAAGGCUGAUUAUAGCAUGAAGGUGACCUUCUUGGAGCUCUAUAACGAAGAUAUCACAGAUCUGUUGGCCUUAGAGGACCAGAGCAGAUUUCCUGAAGAUAGACAAAAGAGGGCUAUAUCUCUUAUGGAAGAUGGUAAAGGUGGCGCGGUAAUCAGAGGCCUUGAAGAAGUCAUCGUGUACAGUCCUAGUGAGAUAUACAAUCUUCUAGAACAUGGGUCAGCUAGGAGGCGUACUGCUGACACUGCGCUUAAUAAGCAAAGCAGCCGAUCACAUUCUGUCUUUUCUAUAUACAUCCAUGUCAAAGAACAAACAGUAGGGAAUCAGGAACUCAUGAAGUGUGGGAGAUUGAACCUUGUAGACUUGGCAGGAUCAGAGAAUAUUGCUCGGUCAGGUGCAAGAGAGGGUAGAGCAAGAGAAGCAGGAGAGAUGAAUAAGAGCUUAUUAACCCUGGGUCGUGUUAUUACUGCACUUGUGGAGCAUUCAGUUCAUGUGCCAUACAGGGACAGUAAGCUCACCAGACUGCUAAGGGAAUCUUUAGGUGGAAAAGCCAAAACAUGCAUAAUAGCAACGGUUUCUCCCUCUAUCCACUGCCUAGAAGAAACUGUAGUUACACUGGAUUAUGCUUAUCGUGCGAAAAGCAUAAGAAACAAGCCAGAGGCAAACCAAAAAGUUUGCAAAUCUGUUAUGCUCAAGGACAUCUACCAGGAAAUGGAAAAAAUGAAACAAGAUGUAAAAGCUGCAAGGGAAAAGAAUGGAAUUUAUAUUCCUCAUGAAAGGUUUGCUCUUGAGGAGGCAGAAAAAAAGACAAUGAAGGAUAAAAUAGAAUCUUUGGAGCUCAGCAUAGAAGACCACAGAAAAGAGGUUGAUAAAUUCAAACGUUUAUACCUAGCAGAGCAGGAACACAGAUUGGAUUUGGAAAGUCGGAAUAAAGAGUUGAAGAUGAAUAUUGAAAGUUGCAAGAAGGAAUUUCUUGAUCUUGAAGAGGCUCAUUCUAGGGCUAACAUUUCACUCAAGGAAAAGGACUUCAUAAUAUCAAAUUUACUCUGUGCUGAACACUCAAUUGUUGAACAUGCAAAGGAUAUACGUGGUGCCUUGGAGAAUGCAUCUGGAGAUAUCUCUUCUCUUGUAGAUAAACUUGGAAGGCAAUCCAACACUGAAGCUGAAAAUGAAGGGCUGCUAUUUCAUUUCCGGUCUCAAUUGGACCUCAGUCUUGAGCUUCUGCGUAAUACAGUUGUUGGAUCUGUCUGUGAGCAACGUCAGUUUUUGGAGUCUAUGAAUGAACAGAACAAAAUAUACUUUUCAGCAAAAUCUGAGUCAACUAUCCAUUUGGAGAGAAGAAUAGCAAAAGCCAAAGAUAUAUAUGCCUCUGGUGUUCAGUGCAUGAAUGAGCUUGCUAAUAUUCUACAUCAGCGUUCCAUUGUACACUCUGAGAAGAUGGGUCUGAACAUAUUGUCUCAUGCAACAAGAGCUGCCAAUUUCCUAGCAGUGAUGGUUUCAGAGGCUGAGCAAGUACUAAAUGAUGUUUUUAAAUCUAUUUCUGAACUCAAGGAACUAUUAGCCUUUUCCGCUGAACAGCAAGAAGUAGGAAUGAAAAGAAGCCUUGUAUCAGCACAAGUCAUGUCCAAGACAUCGAUUGAUUUCUUCAAAGAUAUCAAGGCUCAUGCGUAUAGUCUCAUCAAACAUAUGGAGCAAAGCCAAGCAGAAUGCUCCUCCCAGCUCCUUAAAUUCGAAGAGGAUUUUAAGGAACUCUCUGUUCAAGAGGAACAAGCUGCUCUUGAUAAAAUUACUGAAAUUUUAGCAGGAUUGACUGCCAAAAAAUCUACAAUGGUUUCAGACCGUGUAGGACAACUGAAUGGGAAACACAAGGAAGAGCAGAAACAUCUUAAAUUGCAAAUGUCCAGCCUACAAGAAGUUUCAGACAGUGGAGUAAAGGAGGCUGUGGCUUAUGCUGCAAAGGUAGAGAGCCAGUUCAGGGAGGACAAGUUAUCACAUAGUAAAAUCAAAGAUCAAAUGGAAGACAUCUUGCAGCAGAGCUUGAAGAAAACUGCACAUUCUGUUUCUUACUGGUCACAUACCGAAUCAUCCUUAGAACAAUUGAAUAAAAUUUCAGUGGUGGAAGCUGAUGAUUUUAUUGAAGAAACAAGAAACGAAAACGAGAGCAUAUUACAGAACAUGCUGAUGGUUUGUACGCAGAGUGAUGCAAAGUUCGAUGCCAUUACAUCCGACAUGUUGACUUCUGUCAAGGAUUCUCAUCUACUGGAUCAUGAAGCUAGAAUGAGAAUAGAGACUGUGUUCUCCACUUCUUUAGACCGUUUGGAAAUACUAAAGACAAAACACAGUCAAGGAACAGAAUCUAUAAGAGGCAUGGCAACCAAAUAUCUUGAAAGGGAUUAUAAGGUGAAUAGUCCAGUUCGGCGUCGUCCAGGAGAGCUAAUGACUAAUGAAUACAGCUUGGAAUCAAUCGAGCAACUGAGAGCCUCUGUGCCAGAGCUGGUAAUGAAAUUCAGAUCAGAGAACAAUUUGGAUGAAGUGGAAGACAAAGGAAAGCGAUACUUGGAUCAUGGGAUACGUACCCCAAGAAGUCCUCUCAUGCCAGUGAAUCACUAUCAUCAGUGAUAGGAGAGGAGCAAAUUGUAAAAUUAUUCAAAUGCUGUAAAGAUGGCAAUAUCUCUUGACGAUUAUCACCCUCUUAAUUUAACGUGUAUCUGCCAGCAACCUGAUUCUGCAUGCAGAGUCUCCGAUCUUAGGUAGUUAAGAUCAGAAACCUAGAUGCCAAAUGAUAUGUAUGAUGUAAAAACCAACCUUUCUUGUUGGUGCAAUUGCUUUCCAAGAUUUUAUGCAGUCGAAUUUAUUAGUAAUGAUUUUUUUUGUAUAUAUAUGCAUGGAAACU